CUUCAUAUUCCCUAUUGUGGGGAGGUUCCUCAAAAAUAAUUUAUGAACCAGCACCUACAGCCUUUAGCUCAGGCACUUUUAGGCCCCAUUUUGGUCCCUCAAAUGUAGCUUUUCAUUUGUACUUCUUUUGUCCUUUAUUUAUCCUCACUUUUAUUCUCUGCACGAUGACAAUCUACAUCUCCAGCGCAUGAAAAAGCAUGAGUGGCCACGAAAGCAAAGACAGUGAAUGACUGAACUCUCUCCUGGGACUCUGUCUUUUUGCUCAGGGUUGCAGGUUUCCCCCUCUACCACCGCCCCUGCGUCAGAUGAUGCUCGCGGUCUCAGCCUAUAAAAGACACCGGUGUGCCAUCCCGACCGGCACUCUCUCUCUCUCUUUCUCUGUCUUUCCACAUCCACACACCACUCACUCGAUCUGUGAUCUCGACCAUUUCAGUAUGAGUUAUUCCGGCGACAUGUACACGAGCAGCUCAUACAGGAAGAUUUUUGGAGAUGCGCCACGGCGCGUCCCCGUGGGCAGCAGCCCGUCCCGGGUGACGGUGAGUUACCGCUCUGGACCCCAGCAGCAGCACCGCACCUACGGCUCUCCAUCCCCCAUGAUUACCUCCUCAAGUUACCGGACCAAACUCGCAUCCAGCCGCGGCGGCGGCUUCCAGUCCAUGCCGGACACCGUGGACCUGACGCAGACCACCGCCAUCACCAACGAGCUGAAGAUCAUCCGCACCAACGAGAAGGAGCAGCUGCAGGGCCUGAACGACCGCUUCGUGACGUUCAUCGAGAAGGUGCACAACCUCGAGCAACACAACAAAGUUCUGGAGGCGGAGGUCGCGCUGCUGCGCCAGCGCCACAACGAGCCAUCGCGCCUGCACGACCUCUACGAGCAGGAGAUCCGCGAGAUGCGCGCGCGCGUCGAGGAGCUGACGCACGAGAAGAGCCAGAUGCACCUGGACUGCGUGCAGAUGAACGAGGCUUUGGAGCGCGUCAGGGAGAAGCUGGACGAGGAGACCCGACUGCGGAAGGAGGCCGAGAACAGCCUGAAGGGAUACCGCAAGGACGUGGACGACGCCACCCUGUCCCGCCUGGAGCUCGAGAAGAAAGUCGAGUCCCUGCUGGAUGAGAUCGCGUUCCUCAGGAAAGUGCACGAGGAGGAGCUGCAGGAGUUACAGUCGUCGCUUCAGGCCGCCCAGGUGUCUGUUGAGAUGGACGUCAGUAAGCCUGACCUCGCUGUCGCCCUGAAGGACAUUCGUGUCCAGUAUGAGUCUCUCUCCGCUCAGAACCAGCAGCAGGCGGAGGAAUGGUACCGCUCCAAGUUCACCUCUGUGACGGAGGUGGCGGCGCGCAACAACGAUGCUCUGAAGCAGACCAAGGACGAGCUGAGUGAGUACCGCCGACAGCUGCAGGCCCGCACCCUGGAGCUCGAGGCCCUGAAAGCCCAUAACGAGUCUUUAGAAAGACAGCUGGCAGAGAUGGAGGACUGCCACAACAACGACAUCGGCGAGCUGCAGGACAAUAUUCAGCAGCUGGAAUCUGCUCUGAGGAGCACAAAAGGUGAGAUGUCCCGCCACCUGCGCGAAUACCAGGACCUGCUGAAUGUCAAGAUGGCGCUAGACAUUGAGAUCGCAGCCUACCGGAAGCUGCUGGAAGGUGAGGAAUGCCGUCUGAGCUCUGUGGGCGGAGCUUUGCUACACUCCGCCUACUCUUACAUACCGAGCCGCACUUAUGCUCUGAGGAAGGGCGGAGCCAAACCCGAGACAGAGGAAGAGGAAGAACAAGAAGAGGAGGAGGAGGAGAAGGAAGAAGAAGAAGGAGAAGAGGAGGCAGAGGAAGGAGAAGAACAGGAAGAAGGAGGUGAGGAGGAAGAGGAGGAGGAAGAACAGGAGGAUGAGAAGGAAAAAGAAAAAGUAGAUGAGAAGAAGGAAAAGGAAGAAAAGAAGAGCCCAAAGGAACAGAAAGAGAAUGAGAAGGAGAAAGAGAAAGAAAAGGAGAAGAAGAGCGAUAGCAGUAAGGCAGAAAGCAAGAGUGAAAAGGGGGACAAUAACAAGAGCGAGAAGAGCAAGUAAAGCUGCGUCCGUCUGGAGCCUCCGACAAAUUCACAUCAACAUUCACAUCAACCAUCCUCUCAUCCUCGCCUCGUUUCACCGGGUGCGGCUGAUUUCAUCUGGAUCUCUGCGGGAAAGCUACGAGCCGGGAAUGAAAGGCUGGCGAGUUUUCUGUACAGCACUCAAGAAAUGAAGAGAGCGUUUGAAGUAGUUCAGACAGAUAUUUUGUCAUCAUUUACUUUCUUUCAGUAAAGAGUGUUUUCAUGCAGCGAAAGUAGAUGCUGAGUAAACCUCGUCCACGCGCCGUAUUCCAAGUCUUUUGAAGUUGUGUGAGGGUACAUCAUUUUUAUCUUCUGUUUGCUCAAAUCUUAAAGAGAUAGUUCAUUCUGUCAUCAUUUACUCACUCUCAUGUCGUUCCAAACCCUUUAGACUUAUUUCUUCUUUGAAAACACAAAUUAAAGGGGUCAUAUGACAU